CCAGCACUCACAUUCCGUCUGUUACCGCCGUACGGUUCGGACGUGGCGAACGCGCGCGUACUGACCAAGCUUCAAAGUGUAUGUACGUUGUUGUUGUUGUUGGUGGUGGUGGCAAUCGUGGAAGAGCUCAACCCGUCUGCUGUGUCAGCCCGCUGCCGUGUGGAUCGCAGAACGCAAAUCUUGUCAAAUUUUGUGAAACAAAACCAACGUAAAAGUGUUCCACACAACGGAUCAAAAUCGGUGAGCCAAGAGUGGUGUCAGAAAGAGUGUGUGUGUGUGUGUGUGUGUGGAAAUAUGGUGAGCAGAAUUUGCAUCGCAUACCACGUGGUUUCUUUGCGGCAACUGUUCACCCUUAGCAUCGUCGUCAGCAUCCUCUACUAAGCGAUGCAGAAACCCGGUACACCGACGGUUCGUUAGUGCCGAUCGUUCCUCACAAAACCGGAGCAACAGCACAGCCCCGGCCCGACCAGCACCUCGGAACGUAUCCGGUCUUUGCCUGCCGGUCGUGAAUUUAUCAUACGGCGCCCACGUGUGUGUGUGUGUAUGCGUUCAUGUAUGUGUGUUUGUGGUGUGCAUUCGAGAAUCAUUUGCAAAGUUUGGGUACGGUGGGAUUUUCCCUUUUUUUAUCAUACGCGCGCGCUCGUUGCAACCUUUCAAUUUCGCAACAUUCUCAAAAGUGCAGCUGAAGCGUGAUUCGUCGACAACCGCCGGCAAGUCAGCAGUGAAUCGAAAGCGGGUAAAAUCUUCGCCCCCCCCCCCCCCUCCUCAUUUUAUCCACCCUCAAACGGUACGUGUGUAUAUAUGUGUGUAUAUGUGUGUGUGGUACGUGUGUAAAGAGCAAGGUGCAACCAAGUUCUGUUGGUUCCCUCUAUUCCCAGCUUCUGAUGGGUAAUCCUUUGAAGAAACCGCUCAAUAUACGUUCAGCACCAUAAGUAAGUGAGUGCACUGUGUGCAUUGUUGCUGUUGGUUGUCAAUUCACCCAUCCGGAAGUCGAUGAAAUGCAGCAUCAGUCAGUGUCAACCGCUGUAGUGUGCAUCCGUGUGUGGCCCGUGUGGGGGAUGCUGUUUUCCGCCGCCGUGUGCGAAUAAUCCUGCGCAGGCAAGUGCAACGCAACUGGAUGGAGCGCUCUGCCGUGCGAUCAUCGUUACCGGUGUCGGUGUAGCUGUGGUGCCUCGUGGCCAGUGUAAAUUGGUUUCUCAAAUUCGCUAUUCAAUGUGCCGUACCGUCCCUUCAACGGUCCCCUUCAACUGGUACGGAAGUACGUGUUUCGCAGUUAGGUGAAAGAAGCAGACGACUAGAUUGCUCGCCGUGUGCAGUGUGCAGAAAAGGGCAGCAGCGGCAGCAGCAGUGCACACGAUCAAUCAAAGCUACCUGCGCAACGGUGUGAUUAAUAGUGAAAGUGUCCGAAAUCUCUGAUAACAAAAAAAAAAGGGAGAAAUACAAGUAACGCUGUCAAGCACAGUGCAGCGUGUUAUUGCCAUUGUACCGGUUAACGGAGCACUCUGAUACCUUUAGUACAGCGUGCAAGUGAUAUAACCAGAGUAGGUGAGAAGAAUGUGAAGGUUGUACUUCUUUACCAGACGUCUCCAACCAUCGCACAAAUUUUGAUCGCAAGUGUCGGUUCCGCUUCCCAGACACGCGAGCUGCUGUUAGAUUUCAUUCAUACUGAUGAUUGUACGGUUGCACAUUCACUUUGCCGGGCGCGUGCUACGAUGGAUCGGCGGAAUUAUGGCAGCCACCGCUGAGCUGAGCUGAAGCCUCGGCAUUCCCGGCCAGCUCUCUUUCACCCGCUCUGUGGCGUGCGCUAGGAUACAAGACCGGUUUAAACACACAUAAACACACACACAGAAAAACAAGUCAGCACCAUCAGAACGAAUUCGCUUAAAGUGACGUGUGAACCAGUCAACCAUGGACGAUGGAGAGUCCUUCGGUUGGUGGUGUGAUCAUUGGAAAGCGUGGCGGUACAUGGUGUCCUGCGCCAGUUACAGUAACAGUUCCUCCUCGCUGCUGUGGGGUCCCGAUGUGCUGUGCCGGUUUGAUGGCGACGACAGUGCUGACAGUGCACGAUCGCACCCGCUAGGCCCGCCCGGGAGCGUGGGUGCGGUCGAGCUACGGACAGGAAACAGUACGGGCAGCCUCUACCGGGCCGCCACCCAGUGCUAUCAGACGUUCAAGUGUGGCCUGCAUUCCAUUGUGUCCGGCAGUGAUGGUGUUAGUGGCGAUCGACACACCGAGGAAGUGCGGUGGAACGAUGCACUGUACGAGUGUGCACCGGAACCGGUUGCGCCGGACAGUUGGCAGCAGCUACCGAGCACGAGCUGCCGCACCGCCGCAUCACACAACAUCACGCUGAUCGCGCGCCAAGUGUUCCAGCCCGUGUCGGAGCUGAUCGUGAAGCUGCCGAAGCUGCUGCUGCAGCUGACCGAGGUCAGCUUUGGCAGCUUGGACACGAUCGACACCGAUCGGCUGACGGUGGACGGUUGCUGGAAUGCGUCGCAGGCGCUACUGGACGCGGAACGACCGACGCCCGCGCAACCGUCACAGACCGCCCGGGCGGUCCCGGGGCCCGUGCAGUCCGUCCGGCUGGUCUGUGGCAAUGUGUCGACAGAGUCGCCGUUGGGCGCGGGAUCACUGUUCGAAAGUGACGCGUUCGAGCUGGUAAGCGUAUCGCUGCUCGAACCCAUCCAGUGCUGGAUGAAUGUCGAGCUGCGGAAUGCACUGGUCAGCCCCACCUGGCUGAACGGGGCGGAGCACCAUGCCGUGGCGGCGCUCGCGGGCUGGAACCAGACGCAGCUGCUCGGGGAGCUGCCGGCGGGUGGCGAUACGGCCCCGGGCCGGUACGAGUGGAGCUUCCUAUUCGUCAUCCUGUUCAUCUUUGCCGGCGGGCUCGGCAACAUUCUCGUCUGUCUGGCGGUGGCGCUCGAUCGCAAGCUGCAGAACGUGACCAACUACUUUCUGCUCUCGCUUGCGAUAGCGGACCUGCUCGUUAGCCUGUUCGUGAUGCCGCUCGGUGCCAUACCAGGAUUUCUAGGCUACUGGCCGUUCGGCGUUACGUGGUGCAAUAUCUACGUUACGUGCGACGUGCUGGCCUGCUCGGCGAGCAUCCUGCACAUGUGCUUCAUCAGUCUCGGCCGCUACCUGGGGAUCCGGAAUCCGCUCGGCAGUCGGCACCAUUCAACGAAGCGCUUGACGGGCAUCAAGAUCGCGCUGGUGUGGCUGCUGGCGAUGCUGGUCUCCAGCUCGAUAACCGUGCUAGGUAUGAUCAACCAGAACAACAUCAUGCCCGGCCCGAACGAGUGUGUCAUCAACAAUCGGGCCUUCUUCGUGUUUGGCUCGCUGGUCGCCUUCUACAUCCCCAUGGUGAUGAUGGUGGUGACGUACGCUCUCACCGUGCAGCUACUCCGCAAGAAGGCACGCUUUCUCGAGCAGCAUCCGGAGGGUGAGCUAUUUCGAAGACUGGGAGGCCGCUUGGCAUCCUCCAAACACUCCAAUAACUCGCAAAGUGAUGGCUCGUCCACUUCCAACAAAGCGGUCGAGAUGAGGAAAUUCACCGUCAAUAACAAUAAGCAGCCGGCGUACGGGCAGCACGAUUCGUCGCCACCGUCCUCGCUGCCAUCGGUGGCGGCCGGGCACAGUGCGCUGCCCUGGCGAUGGCACGGCACCACCGCUGGGACCGGCAAAAUGGACAGCAGAAUGAGCUCAAUCAAAGGCAGCAUGUCGCACCCGCACCUGGGCUACAGCAACGGCGGCAACCGCACGAUGGCGGGCAAGCGGUCGCGAACCGUGUGCGACCAGGGCACGCAAACGCCGGACAGCAUCGAGCGGGAAACGAGGCGCCAAAAGUUCUGCUCCUUCCGGAUACACCUCAACAGCGUACCGACGCCGGCGAUAAAUUUCAAUCUGAAGUUUCUCGGCAGCAAAAAGCGCACCAACCUGUCGGCGAACGCGGUCGCCACCGAGCAGAAGGCCACCAAGGUUCUGGGGCUCGUGUUCUUUACCUUUGUCUUUUGCUGGGCGCCGUUCUUCAUACUAAACAUCAUCUUUGCCGCAUGGCCGGAGGCGAAGGUACCGGAGCGGAUCGUCAGCAUCUGUCUGUGGCUGGGCUACGUUUCAUCCACGAUAAAUCCAAUCAUUUAUACGAUCUUCAAUAAAACCUUCCGAGCGGCGUUCAUCCGUUUGCUGCGCUGCCGAUGUGAACGGUCUGGUCGGCCGCCAAGGUAUCGCUCGGUAACCGAUAGCCGCGGUGCAAUCAGUCUGUGCACACCGUCCGCCCUACCGCUGGCCAUAUCACUGCAAGGUUCGUCGCUGCUCACGCCCUCCACCACCCAGGCCACCCCGCUGAGUGACUUUCGGGGCAGCUACGAAAUCACGGAUGAUGACUGUUGAGCGAACGAUGACGCUCGGAAUCCAUUCAGAAGCAGAGAACCGACCACAUUCGCACAACUCCUUCGUACUAGUUUGCUUGGUGUUGGUGGGAACUCACACACCCUAACCCUGCGUCGGAGCUUGCUGCUUCCAGCCGGCCGUUGCAUGCCUCAUCCCUUCACCAACCCACACACCCGCCACGGAACGUACAAAACAUGUUCACCUACCGAUCCUACCGAUGGCAGCGGAACAGCAAUCAACUUGAAGUCAAAUCGUCGUGUAGCAAUGUGUCGUAGCUGUUAUUGAACCUCCACCAAAUAGGGCUUACGGUAGAGACUAGCGAAUGUAAGAAAAUGACAGUAUUUUGUAAGAACAAUUUCCACGGUUAGCGUUGUUUGAACUGUGCACAACCCUAAAUGUGAUUUUAUAUAAUAUAUAAUAUAUAUAUAUGAAGUAAACGAAAAUGUGCUGGUCAAUGUA